CCCUUUGAAGUGAAUACUUGAGCUCGUGCUGUCAUUCACGUUUGACGUACUGUUUUUCAUUUGUGACUGUCACUUAACCCAAAAAUUUCAUCAUCGUUUUUACGUUCGACGACAAACACUGUACGAAAAUGCUACGAAGAUUAAUAUCACAUAGGAUAUGCACGCCAAUUACUAUCGAAUGUCGUCGAAUUAGCUACGAUCCAUCAGCAAUUGUCUCCAUGAUGGGAAAUAUGUUUAAAAUGGGCAAAACCCCUGAAGUAUCGGAGGAGUUGCAUGCAAUCCAAACAGGGGCGUCGCGUGUCUGGGAUUUAGGAAAUCCAAAAAGUAAAUACGUUUGCAUCGGAGGUAUGGGACCCAUUAAUUUAGGUGAUAAUGUCAAGGUGUCUCAGCUGAUUGAUUUCAAGAAUACAGAAUUUAAUAAAUUGCACAUUGAGCUACUUGACUGUCCGACAUUGUUAGCCACUAAACUAAUUAGCACGUUUCCAAAUUUAAAACUUCGGAAAGAAAACCUGCGUAUCAUCAAAUUAUCUUACCAUAAGUAUAACGACCAAAAUAAAGGGCAACUGGAUUGCCUUAUUGUUGCCAAUCAUCUGUGUAAGAAACUGAAUGAAGAGGGUGAUUUUGGAUUUUAUUCCGGUGCUGCAAUUAAGAAUGCCACCAACGGCAUAUUCUUCUACAAUAAUAAAUUUUUUAAGACCAACAACAAUGAGAUUCAUGCGACAGUCAAUUCGAAAAAAGGGUAUUUGCAUAUCGAUAAUUUAGCGGCCGACGAUGUGGGCAUCGUUUAUACGGAUGGUGAUUUCGACCUCAAGCAGCUGCGCAUUUGGAUCGAAUCCAUUGAGCCCAGAGUAGAAGAAUACAUUGAUGACUAGUGAUUUCUCUGUUGUUAAUCCAAAUUGUAUUGUAUUUAAUUAAAUAUUCUUUGUAGUUAAGGCAACCGAAAUAUCACUCAAUUGAAUAAAAUUCAAUGCGAUUUUUUUUUGUUAAAUUCAA